GCCUUAUAAGGGUGGUCCAGUGAGGGUAAAAAAAGAGAUAUAACUGAAAAAUAUUAAUAAACGAUUAAAAGAGUGAACGACUGUGUGAAAUAUUGCAAGCUUUCACUUUAAGUGCACAGGAUAUUACCUACAAUUUGGGAUAUACCUACAAUUGAGCAAAGAAUUACAAACAAAAGAGAAAAAGGAUAUUAGUGAAAAAGAAAGAAAUAAGCGACGGAUUUCCACGCCGUACUAGAAUGGAGCCGGUCAAGACCAUACGCAUUUUCAUGGUUGCUUUUGCGGCUAAUUUAUCAGCCUUUGCGGCGGGCACUUGUCUCGGCUGGACGUCACCAGUGGGGCCCAAGUUGAGAGCCUUAGAUUCUACAGAUUCACCACUCGAUCAUCCCAUCACCACAGAGGACGAUGCAUGGAUUUCAUCGAUUAUGGCAUUGGGCGCUUUAGUAGCAUGCUUCAUUGCUGGUCCACUUGCCGCUAAAAUUGGUCGCAAAUGGGUACUUCUUUCGAGUUCGAUCUUCUUCAUUCUCGGCUAUGUUAUUUUGAUGCUCGCUAGCGAGGUUUGGAUGUUGCUGGUCGGUCGUCUCGUAAAGGGCUUUGGCGUCGGUUUUGUCAUAAGUGUGCUACCUAUGUACAAUGGUGAGAUUGCAACAAGUGCGGUACGCGGCGCCAUCGGCUCACUCUUGCAGCUCUUCUUUGUUUCUGGCAUUCUAUACGUUUUCGUCAUCGGUCCAUAUGUCUCGUAUGUGACUUUGCAGUGGUGCUGUUUGGCUGUGCCGAUUGUCUUCGAUAUCAUCUUCUACUUCAUGCCUGAGAGUCCUUACUACUAUGCCGGCAAAGGCCAGACGUCAGAUGCUUUAAAUUCCCUGCAGUUCUUACGUGGUCAAAGCCCUGAUAUUGUACAAGAUGAAAUGGUUGUUAUACAGCGAGAAGUAGAGGAGUCUAUGGCCAAUAAGGGUUCCGUUAUGGAUAUUCUUAAGAGUAAGGGCAAUCGUAAAGCUCUGAUCAUCUCCGCCGGUCUGAUCAUGUUCCAGCAGUUAUGCGGUGUCAGCGCCGUACUAUUCAACAGUCAAUCCAUCUUCGAAAGUGCCAACAUCGGUUUGGAUUCAGCCAUUGCCAGCAUCAUUGCGGUUGGCAUGCAAGUUGGUUCAUCCGCUUUGACGCCUAUUAUUGCCGAUCGUUUGGGUCGUAAAGUGAUUUUGCUAAUUUCGGCAUUUGGUUUGUGUGUCAGCUUGACAGCAUUGGGCGCCUUCUUCUAUGUACAACAAGUUAUGGGUGAUGCAAGUAAUUUAACCUGGUUGCCAGUACCUGCAUUGGUGCUCUUCAAUAUUGUCUACAGCAUCGGACUCGGAUCAAUGCCAUGGACGGUGUUGGGUGAAAUGUUCCCAGCGAAUUUGAAGUCUAUCGCCUCCUCGAUUGUGGCAUCCGCGUGCUUUGUUGUUGCUUUCAUGGUAACAUAUUGGUAUCCAGCGCUAAACGCCUUGGGUUCAUACUAUGCAUUUUGGUUGUUUGGCAUUUUCUGCGCUGCAGCAUUCUUCUUCACCCUCUUAUUGAUGGUUGAAACGAAGGGGCUGAGUUUACAGCAAAUUCAAGACAGGCUAAAUGGAAAGAAACCAAACUAAGUUACUAAGCGGAUAUUGUGGGGGCGUUGAUCAGUGAGGUGAUGUGAUCUGGAGUCCUGAAUCAAAUCGCUUCAAAAUUAUUUUUGUCGCAUGUACAAAUGUAAUCUUUAAAGUAUUUCUAGCCCGUAAGCAAGUUAAGUUAAAUUUAUUGAAUAAAUUUAAAGCUGAAUAUUUAUAAAGAAAUCUAAUCUAAGUUUCAUGUAUAAUUGAUUAUAUAAGUAGACAUAAUAACAAUAGCAAUAAUUACAAAAAAAUUUAUAUAUUUUUUU